AUGUCAAGGCAGCGUGUCUUAUCGUGGAACAUCGCUAUAGCAGCCUAUGCCCGAAAUGGUCAGGUGGAGCUCGCAAAGGCGGUGUUUGACGAGAGCCCCCAGCGCGACGUGUCUUCGUGGAACACACUCGCGCAGGCCUAUCUCCACCGCCAGGAUUUCUCCUCCGCGAAAAGAGCCUUCGAUGGAAUGCCUUCUCACGACGUUGUGUCGCUCAACACGAUGGUUUGUGGGUACGUUCGCGCUGGAUUGGUCCAACACGGUGAGGAUCUCUUCCGCUGGAUGCCGCAGAGGAGCAGCGUCUCAUGGAAGAGUUUGUGCCAAGCAUAUGCCCAAACUGGGCAUCUAGAGAGAGCUAAGAACUUGUUUGAGAAAAUGCCACAUUUAGAUCUUUUGUCAUGCACAAGCCUCUUGAGUGUAUUUGCCCAAACGUGUCAAAUGGAACAAGCAAAACUUAUUUUUGAUGUGAUGUGUUUUAGAGAUGUUCUGUGCUGGGUUGCCAUGCUUGCAGCAUAUGCCAAAGGUGGGUAUAUGCUGAUUUCUGAAGUGUGUUUUGCUUUGAUGCCUUGCUGGGACAAUGUGGCGUUUACUGUUAUGCUGGCGACAUAUUCCCGCUGUGGAAAGUUAACUAAAGCCUUGGAUAUCUUUCAGAAAAUAGUCUCUCACGACGUUUAUUCCUGGACUGCGCUGCUUUCGGCAUAUGCCAUAAACGGGCAUUUUGAGGAAGCGUAUGGAAUCUUCUCCUUUAUGCCGUGCCGCGGGCCUGUUGCGUGGAACUCGAUGAUUUCUUCGUUCUCGCAAAUGGGAAACUUGGAAGUGACGAAGUUUUUGUUUGAAGAGAUGCCUCAGCUGGACAUUGUGGCGUGGGCGUCGCUGGUCAUGGCCUGUACCGAGGCACAACAAAUGGGCUUGGCCCAAAACGUGUACGACCGGAUGCCCCAGCACAAUGCCGUGGUUUGUACCUCUCUUUUCCAGGCAUAUGCCCGCUAUGGGCAUCUCAAAGAAGCCGAGAAAAUGUACCACGGAAUGUUCUACAAAGAUGCUCUCUCGAGUAGAGUCUUGUUGAGUGCCUACAUACGGAACGAAGAACCGGUUCUAGCGAAAGAGUUCUUUGACAAGAUGUGGAAGAGGGAUCAGUUUUCGUGGAACAUUUUGCUGUGCGGCUUUGUGCACUGUGGCUGGCUAGACAAGGCCGAGAUUCUGCUGCACGAAAAGAUGCCAAUGUACGGCAUUGUGCCGAUGAAUGCCAUUCUAGCCGGAUAUUCCCAGCUUGGGAAUCUAGAGAAAGUUAAGAUGCUCUUUGAUGCUCUUCCUUGUGGCAAUGUUGUCUCGUGGUUUAUUCUCAUUGCUUGCCAUGCCCACAAAGGGGAAUCUCUCCAAACAAAGCUCGUGUUUGGAAAGAUGCCGCAGCUGAACAUGGUGGCUUGGAAUGCCUUGGGAUUCGUCUGUGGUUUGACGAAGCAGCUGGAAGCAGCACGAGAAGUUUUCCAUUCGAUGCCGGGUCGUGAUUUUCUCUCGUGGGCGAAUUUUCUUGCAGCAUCACUAUCGAGUGGAGAUCUUCCAUCGGCAAAGCGGGUCUUUGAAAAGAUCCCGAUGCUGGACAUGGUUCUUUGGACGACUUUUGUUUUGGCUCAUGCCCAAGCUGGGCAUAUUGGUGAAGCCAACACACUCUUUGCAAAGAUGCCAGCCAGAGACUUGGUGGCUUGCAACGCCAUGCUUGGAAUCUAUGCCCAGAAUGGGUAUUGCAGCGAGGCAACUGGCCUCCUCCAAGAGAUGACCCUGGAAGGUUUGAGCGCCGAUGGGACGAGCUUCACGAGCUUGCUCAGUGGAUUUGGCCACUCGGGAUUGCUCAGCGAUGGAUUGAGCUGCUUGGCGAGCAUGGCUAUUGACUUUGGUCUUGUUCCAGAUCCCCAACACUACGGCAGUGUGAUUGAUCUCGUUGCCAGGAGUGGAGAGGUGAAAGAUGCGAAGGGAAUGCUGGCAUGGUUUGGCCUUGCAAGCGAUGUUGCCUGGAGGAGCUUGCUCGCUGCUUGCCGCAUUCAGCUGGAUGAAGAGAGCGCUCUGGCAGCUGCUAGCUCCCAAGAAGAUCACAAGGAAAAGGCUCCCUAUUCUUUGCUUGUAAACAUUCUUGCAAGCUGA